AUGUCAAUCAAGCAGUGGAAAACCCCCCUCGAGGGCAUUGACUCCCUCCAGCUGACCGAAAUCCCCAUGCCCACCCCAGGCACCGACGAAGUCCUCGUUGAGAUCCACGCCGUCUCGCUCAACUACCGCGAUGUAGAAGUCACCAACGGGGAAUACACCCACCACAAAUCUGUCAGUCAAGCCGCCAUCGUCCCCUGCUCGGACAUGUGCGGGGUCAUCACGGCGGUCGGCCCCGCCGUCUCCAGCUGGAAGGUCGGUGACCGCGUGCUGUCGACCUUCUGCCCCGACCACCAGACCGGCCAGAUCACUGAGAAAGAGCUCAGUGGCAGCAUGGGCCUGCCGCUGGACGGCGUCUUGGCUACCCACCGUGUCUUUCCUGCCUCCGCGCUGGUGCGUGCCCCGGCUUACCUGACUGACAAUGAGGCCUGCACGCUGCCUAUUGCGGCUGUCACCGCUUGGAUGUCUAUCAAUGGUAUGCGACCUAUGGGUCAGCCCGAUGGUGAGGGCGAGUAUCUCUUGGUGCAGGGUACGGGUGGUGUUGCUAUCGCGGGUCUGCAGAUUGGGAAGGCUUCUGGCAUGAAAGUGAUUGUGACAUCCUCAUCGGAUGACAAACUCAAGCAAGCCCGUGCUCUCGGCGCAGACCACACCAUCAACUACCGCAGCACCCCCGAGUGGGCCCCAGCCGUCAUGGCCGCGACGGGCAACCACGGCGCGGACGUCAUCCUCGAGACGGGCGGAGCGCAGACGCUCGGACAGAGCUUCGACUGCGUGGCAUUCGGUGGCCUCAUCGACUGUAUUGGCUACGUCUCCGGCAAGAUGGACACCGAGGGGACCCGUCUGAACACGAACCUGCUGGCGCUGCGCCGCAAUGUCACUCUCAAGGGGAUCAUCAACGGCCCCAAGGACCGGUUCGAGGAGAUGCUGCGCUUCUACGAGGCGCGGGAGAUCCGGCCGGUCGUGAAUCGCGUGUUUGGGUUUGGGGAGGCGAAGGAGGCGAUGCGGUUUUUAGAGAGUGGGAGUCAUUUUGGGAAGGUUGUCAUUGCCGUGUAG